AUGUUUUCUAACAAUAUUGACAUUAAGAUAUCAGCUUUAAAAUUGAUCUGUUGUCUCUCUGAAAAAUUUGCCUCUCACUAUCCCAUGAAGUUUUCUCUAUCUAAGAAGCACCGGGAUUUGUUGAUCAGUUUCAUCAAAACAUUUCCUCCAAACACUAUUGGAUCAGAGCCUGGUCCAGUUCCUAUUACUGUUAAGAGCAUUGAUCAAGAACAACAUACUACGACUAUUAGGUCGCCAUCUGUUGUUUCUGAUCAGAAUAGCCCAUCACCAAAUAAGAAGCACAAGAAAUCAAAGAGUAAGGAUAAUAAGGACGGAAAUAACAUCAGUCUCUAUGAUUGUUUGCGCUCAGAUACCACUAUCCCCGUUAGAUGGACAUCACUUAAUUAUGAAUACUAUUAUACUGGUAUUACUGCAAAAGUUCAAAACUCCAAACAAAGCGAUAGCAGAGAAAAAAAGGCAAAAAAACAAAAGAAGGUUAAAAAGUCUGCUCUUGGUGAAGGAUUGCGUACAUUUUCUUUGACAUCCGAAUCAUUGAAAAAAUUAUCCCUGCAACAAAUCUUUGACAAAGCAGCUACAGUUAUUCCCAAGGAGAAAUGGACUGAUUUUGUUCUACAUGUCUAUAUUGCAAUUGCUUACAGUGGCUCAGAUUUUGACUGUCUUGCUCUACGUGGAAAAUUAGUUACUUUUAAAUGCUGCUCUGUUGCUGCGGCUUCCGCUAAUAUUAGCUAUAGUUCAUUUGUUGGUUUAGUGUUUGAUGAGGAACCAUACCUUUUAAGCUACAUGUGUGAUCUCAUUAAUCCGGACAACCACGUUCCAAGAGAACCAGUUAUUGCAACACUAAGAGCAUUUGUUAAUAUUUCAAAUAAAAGAAAUGGGGCUUCUGAUUUAAUGAGAGCCUUGAGUGGUAAUGUCAAUCAUGGCCUCUUAUUUCACAUAUUGAAGCAUACAUAUAAAGUAGUCGUUGAUGGUACUUUUAAUAAUGAUCAGGCCUAUAUGAACUAUUUAUACAAUAUACUUGCUAAUUUGAUUGAGAGUAAAUCUUUGGCUUCACAUUUGCGUUCCGCUGGUCUGAUGAAAAUCUUUCUAGAUUUUCUCUCUUUGAGAAACAAUUACAGAAUGACAAGAUCUGGACCACUUCAUUUAAUUGAAAUAUUUAUUGAACGGUCUGUCGAUGCAUUUGAUGAUUUUGUUGCAAAUGAUGGUUUUAAUGUGAUUAUUUCUCUACUUGAAUUUGAAGUUGAUUUUGCCAUUGAAAACCCAGAUUACGAAGGUGGCGCACCAAAGGAAGCGAAUUUAUCCCAUUUAAUAACUGCCAGACAAGUAAAGUUGCUAAAUUUUCUUCUCAAGUUGGUUAUAUCAUUGAUUUCUACAUAUCCAGGUGAUCAGAUGAGAAAUUUAUAUGACUCUCCCAUGUUGAAAAGCUUGAUUAAAAUCCUAAAGAAUAUCAAAAUUUUUGGUCAUGAAUUGUUAUUCAAUUGUGUGAGAAUCAUUGGAACCAUUAUCAACAAUGAGCCAACUGCUUAUUCUAUCCUAAGUGAAGCUUGUGUGAUUGAUACGUUCAUCGAGAGUUUUGACACUUUUUUGGUCCCCAAUAGUGACCUAUUAUUAGAGUUGCCUGAUACUAUCAAUGCCAUUGCAUUGAACAAUAGUGGAUUGAGCAAAAUUAAGGAAUACAACAUUAUCCCUAGAUUGUUUUCUAUUUUUAGGGACGUUAAGAUUUGUAAGCAAUUAGUGGUAAUUGAAAACGUCAUGAAUUUAGGACAUGCAGUAGAUGAGUUGGCCAGACAUCACCCAGAACUUAAGGAUACUAUAAGUGCAGAAAUAUUGCGGUUAAUAGACGAAAUUCCGAAUUUGGUUAGAUUUGAAGCUAUUGAUUUUUAUCAGUCCAAAAACGGAUCACUAUAUCAUAGCCAAGAAGAAGAGAAUAUUCAUACUGAAGAAGGGAACCACAGUCUGGUGAGGUGGGAUAACUAUGAGCAAUCGGUUAUUAUUCAAUGUGCCCUUAUAUUUUUGUCUUCAAUUUUUGAAAAUGUGAAGGAUUGGAAGAAAUUAUUUACCCAAAUCAACAUGAAUAACUUCUUUAAAUUUAUUUGUUUGGAGAAUGCGCCAUUUGAUUACUCCCUGUCUAAGACAAUCAUCCACUUUAGAAAUAUCAUUAAAUAUAUUGAUCAAACUUCACGUUCCCACUGCUUACCGUUUUUAAAAGAUCGUAUUGUUGACACCCUGGGCAGUCUCGAAGAGUUUACUAAUUUUGCAAGUGAAGAUGUUUCCUUUUUCCAACAAUUUGAAAUGAGAAAAGAUGGCAAUUCGCAGAGAAAGGCUCAUAAUGUGCUUUCAAAGUUAGGUAUAAUGAACUGUCUACUAUUCGUGAUGUCUGAUUUCUACUCAAAGUUGCACAAAUACCAGCCAAACAAAAUUCUCGAUAUUGCGGAAUUAUUCGGUUCGGAAUCUGGAUUGAAGCUGAUUGAACGCCUUUGUUUAUUUUUUAGAAGACUAACAUUAGAAGAAGUUAUACUGCAUGUGAAUACACCAACUGAAGUGGCUAAGAACGCUUUCACUCUAGUCCAAGCUAUUUCACCCAAACAGAAAGAAAUAGGUUACUCUUCUUCAGAAAAUGGAGAUUGGGAGGGAACGAGUGCAAAGUUUAAGAACAUAUCAAUUUUGUAUUUUAAUUUUUCACGUUCAAAAUUUUGGUUAAGAAACAUUUUCAACAGUUUUUGUUCAAUCAAUUAUGGUAGGAGAUCAGAUAACAGGACUUUGUUUGGUAUCGCUACACGCUACGCAGUUGGUAUCAUUGACAAAUAUACAACGACUAUGAUGGAUAUGUUGGUCAGCCUUAAAACAAAACAUCAGCAAAUUAGAUGCGGCUUUAUUUUUUGCCUAUUGAACCAGUUAUAUUUAAAUUUAUUUCAAUCUUUUGGAGGCUCAUCUCCUGUGAAUCCAACUAUGAGCAUAUGUCUUUUACAAAACAAAAACUAUCCGGUUUUGAAGAACCUUGCAGUAGAAGUGUUUGCCUUGUUGGGUACCCUUGACGUUGCAAAGAUAAAGAAAGCAUCAGAGCAAGAAUUUAUAACAAUUGAGCUAGAAAGUCUUGCGUUAGCCCUGGCUUCCGAGAUUCUUCAUAUUCACGCUGAUGUUGGAUCAGUCAAUACAAUUGGCUCAAUUCCAAAUGGUGAUAAAAUGUACUCCUACUUGAGAAAAGAUGCUGAAGAAUACUAUAAUAUGGAGGUUAUUGUCAGCCUUCAAGUACAAGCUGCAAUUGCGAAUUUUGUCAUGUUGCAAGAGCUUUUAUCUGACUCUGGACUCAAGCUACUUGAAAGGUAUCCGGAUCACAUACCUGAUUCACUCAUGGAGGGAAUUGUUGAAAUCAGUAAAAGUGCAUUUGCUAGUUUUGAAACUGAUCGUUUGAGGUUUAGAGGUAGGUUAUUCCCUAUCUCUGCGGCCACCACUUCGCCUUCGGACUACAAUAUUGCUUUUCUAAAGGAUGUUGGUUUUUCAGACGAAGAAGCAAAGGAAGUCUUAGUCUUUUAUAACGAUGAUAUGGAGGCCAUCCUUAGAGAAGAUGAAGAAUCGCUUGCAGAGAACUUCAGUUCAAGGUCUUUGAACUGGAAAGCCCUUCUAAACCGGAAGUAUAUUCCUCCCCAUAUCGAGCCAGUUAAAUUGAACUAUUUACCAAAAUAUGAUAUUGAUACAAUUGAUGAUCUUUAUUUUCACAGAAGCACUAAUGAAUCUACAUUUAUUAAUUACUGGAUUGAAAUUGUUCAGUUGUAUCCAAAAUUAGCAAGUAAUAUUUCAAGUCUAAUUGUUGCUAUCUUCGGAAGACCUCUACAUGAAAAAAUGGAGGACAUUAUUAACCCGUUGUUCCAUACCAUUACCCUGAUGGAUUUUAGCAGCAACAACGAAUCGUUGAGCAACAAGAUUUCAUCUACUUUGACAUUGGUUGGUUUUAUCCUAAGCAACUUGUCGUUUACAAAGUACUUUUCUAUGAUUGAGAAGUUUGGAACAUUUUUAUCAGCUCAUAUCAUCGAAAAAAAUAUUGAAAAAUCGUGGUUUUCUAGUGCUUUGAUGAUUUUUACCAAAAUAUUCUCAGAGGUGAUUGUUCCCUAUGCCCCAGCUGCUCCAAAAGUCAGUGAUCCAUCCAAAUAUCCACCUUACUUGGUAUCGAUUCCUGAUACACCAGUUAUUAAGGCGGAACUUGAAAAUUCAAUAUUGAGCUUAGUUUUAAACAUUGAAAAAAUACAAACAGACAAACUGUUGAUUGAGGUAACGAACAUCAUUGUUUUGCUUUGUAACACUGAUGAAAGAAUUUGUCUUCUUGCUAAAUCAAGGGUGCUCAAAUCUCUAAUAAGUUUUGUCAGGAACAACAAGUGCUCCACUCAAAUACAUUCUCAAAUCAUUAAUGUCAUUCGAAGAUCUGUCGAAUGUGACCAAGUAGUUAAGAACUUUUUCCAAAAAGAAAUUACAUCCAUUUUGAAAGCAAAAAGCGACGCCAAAAAACCGAAAACCAAAGAUUUGAAGGUUUUUUUGGAUGAAAACUCUGCUCUUGUUUUAAGAAAUGCAGCAUUGUUUGCAGAGGUUAUUGGGGAAAAGUGUAUCCUAAAAAAGGCAAACAGGAAUUUCAAAUCUCCUUUGAUAUCUCUUAUGACUUCUGAAGAUAUGUCUAUAUUGGAAAGACAUGGAAUCUCUACCAAAGGAGGUAAAUCAUAUGAAUCCACUAACACCACGGAUAUUAUGUAUUUUCUUCUCUCGGAACUAAUGGUCAUUAGUAGGAAAGAGAUUAUGGAAGAUGUCAAUCGAAGCGUCAAAGAAAAGGAGAUUCAAAAUAAAGGAGAGGCGGAAAGGAAGAGAAAAAAUGAAACUAACGAAAUAAUUGGUAACAAUCGAAAACUAGCGUAUGUUGUUUUUUUGCUCCAGACGGUUGCUGAGCUGCUUUUCUCUUACACUUCAUGUAAAACGGCUUUCUUGACCUUCUCUAAGAAAAUGAAGUCCAAUGAUAGUAAAAAGCCACGCUCCACUGCUUUGAAUAUGUUAAUUCACAAGUUCAUUACUGUCAAUCCGUUUGAGAAAGAAGCUAAUGAGCUUCACAAUGUUCAUGAAUUACUUACAUCUUUGGGGUCUGCAUGUAUCAUGGGAUUAGUUUCAACUGUCCCUGUUGAAGGCGCAGAAUAUAUCGAUUCCAAAAUGGUAGAUGAAAGCAUCGCCUUUUCAAGAAAAUUCACAGUCGAUAUUAUAAUCAAGAUAUUAAAAGAAACUGAAUUUUCUAAAAAGAGUUCAAUUAUUAAAUAUGGUAGAAUUGUUGAUCUUAUUAACCUCUCUAGAAAACUGUGUGGUGAGAGCUUGGGAAAUGUUGUAUCUGUUGCUGUUGAUUUGGAGGCGACUAAAAAUGAUAGUUUCUAUAUGGCAAAGGAGCUGUUGGAUAAAAAAUUCACUAAUGUUGCUACAGGUAUAAUUGCACGCCUAGAUAUGAACUUUCCAUACACGGAGCAGGUUUCAGAAUCUAUUCUAAAAAUGCUUUCGCUUCUUGGUGAAAUUAAGGUAAAAUAUCAAGAUGCCUUUAGGUCAGAUCAUGAAAGUGGCGAUGGUGAAGAGGAGGAUUUUGGGGAAGACCUUGAAGAAAAAGAUGAAGAGCCUGAUUUAUUAAAAAAUUCCACAUUGGGUAUGUACGAUCUUGAUGAAAUUGAGGAUGAGGAUGACUUUGAUGAUGACUUUGAUGAUGACUUUGAUGAUGAAUUUAUGGUCGAUGAUGGUAUUGAAAUAGUUUUAUCCGAAAAUGACAAUGACUCGGAUGUUGAGAUCAUUGAUGAGCUUGAUGGAGAUGUUGAGGUUGAGGUAGAUGAUGCUGAUGACGAUGAUGAUAUAAAUAGUGAAAAUGAUGAAAGCGAGCUUGAUACAAUUUCUGAGGAUGGGGAUCAUGAUGAGCAUGAUCGUCAUGGCGAAAAUGGCGACGAUGAAAUAGAGCUUUCUGAUGUUGCACGUGAAAUGCGGGAUGCUCAAAUAGAUUUUGUGUAUGAAACGGACGAUGAGGAUAACGAAAUGAUAGAUCAGGAGAUUGACGAUUACACGUCGAACGAAGGUGAGGGGAUUUCAGAUUCGGAAGAGUAUUCAAUAGAAGUUGAAACGGAUACUGAUUCUGAAACUGAUAGUGAAGAAAAUAGUGACAUUAUCGAACUAGAAAUUGAUAGUGAAAAUUAUUCCAAUAAUAGUGAAAGCGAUAGCGAUGAUGACUCUGUUAUAUUACAGGAAUGGUUGGAUGAAAUUGAGAAUGAAGGUGAAGAUAAUAUUGCUGGCCAAAGAAGUAGAAGAAAUUCGAGCUUACGUGGCCAUGGUAAUUUAGAGGACAGUUUUCCUCCUAGAAUCCUACUACCGCAAAUGGGUUCAAAUAUCCCUAUUUCAAUGGAAACAAUUGAAGGUCCAGAUGGAAGAACUUCGUUCAUAGAAUUUACCCAAUCAUUGCUUGAUAGAAGAAAUAAUACACAAGUCCCUGGUUUGUUAGAUCUUAGAAGAGCUUUUGAACCCUUCAUUAGAAGCUCGAAUCAUUCUCACUUUAUUAUGAUCAAGUCUACUACACAGAGAUGGCAAGAGGUGUCUGAGUUGUACACUGGUAAAAAUGUUGUUUAUCGUGUUUUUCCAGAAAUAAUUAACUUGAUUGAAGAGAGGAGUGAAGUCCUCAUAUCUGAACAAAACAGGAUCAAGGAAGAGAAGGAGAAGGAAAGGAAAACAAAGUUUGAAGAAGAAGUUAGAAAGAGGGAAGAAGAAGAAAGAAGAAUUAUUGCACAGCUUGAACGAGAAAACAAUAAUAUGGAGGAUAAUGAAAAUGACAACGAAAAUGAAGAGUCCAACGCUUUGGAAACCAGAGAACCAGUAAUGGUGGAAAUUGGAGGAGAAAUGAUUGAUAUUGCUGGUACGGGUAUAGACCCUGAAUUUAUGAGCGCAUUGCCUGAUGAUAUGAGAGUGGAAGUGUACCAGCAACAUCUGAAUGAGAUGAGAGUGGAAGAAAGAGGCAGAGAAGCAAACGGAAUUCUAAGGGGCUUUUCUUUGGGUGAGGAUCCUUUCGGUAUCCACCUUGGAUCUGAAGAUGACGAUGAUGACGGGACUCAUGCUUUUCAUGGACGAAGGGACUUUGAUGAAGACGAUAGAAGCGAUGGUUUUGAAUCUGAAGAAAAUUUUGAGGACGGUUAUGAUGACGAAGAUGACGACGAUAUUGGUGAGAGCAAUGACCAUGGCAUCUAUAGUAUUCAUAUGGGUGGUGAGAAUUCCGUUGAACUGCAAAGGUCCAACCGUUCAACCAACACUAACGAAAACGCAGAUACGAUGGCUGGUUCAAAAAAAUCCACCAAGUCAUUUUUUACUUCACUCAUUGAUAAGCCAGGCAUCGCCUCGCUUUUAAAGCUGUUGUUCAUUCCUCAAGCCUACUACAAAAGAGAGCUAUUCUUAAAGACAGUUGGAUUUUUGUGUUUGAAUAAGCACAGUAGAUCCGACGUUGUUGCAUUGAUUCUCUACAUUUUGCAAGAAGGCAUCAAAGAUCAAAACUCUUUGGCAAGCGUUUUUGAACAAAUAUGCAACAGAGCAUCCAAGGAUUCUAACAAUGAAACUUUAGCUAGAGCUGUUCCGACUGUUUGCCCGCCUAAUUGUACGGUGACCUCUUUGGCCACCCAAUCUAUGGACGUGAUUCAGUAUCUUCUUGAAAACGAAAAAAGUAUGCGUUUCCACUUUCUAACCGAUCAAGAUGCAAUUUCAUUCAUGAAGAAAACAUCUAAAAAAAGUAAGUUAAAGGACAACAGUCAUAAAUAUCCAAUCAAUAUUUUGCUGAAUCUAUUGGAAAAUAAGAUUAUCAAGGAUGAUGCCAACUUGAUGGAUGUUUUAUCUCGUUCUAUUCAGAUUGCAACCAGACCUUUGCCUACCAUGAAGUUGAAACUACAUCAAAUUGAUCAAAAAGACAAUGGAGAACAAGUCAAAAAAUUACCACAAUUACCUAAUAUACCUGACAAAAGCUUAAAGCAAAUUAUCAAUGUAUUGAUAACUGAUGAGUGUGCCAACAAAGUUUAUCAGCAAACGAUUGUUUCAAUUCAGAACUUAUCAGUUCUAGAAAACGCAAGGAUAGUUUUCCCUAAGGAGUUAUCUAAAAAGGCUACCACACUAAGUUCUAAGAUUGUAAAAGAAUUGAGGGAACUUAUUGUUGAGCUAAAGGAUCGACCAGAAAACAAGAAUGUUGAGGAUAUUUCCUCCUUGAACCAAUUUUCUUCCGGCUCCUCAGACUCUGCUAAGCUAUUGAGAAUAUUAACUGCACUUGAUUAUUUAUAUCAAUCUAAAGAUAAUGAAACUGAUGAUAUACAGGAACUAACAAGUUUAUACAGAAAUUCAGCUUUAGGGCCUCUAUGGGGUGCAUUGAGUGACUGCCUAAAAUUGUUAAGAGAAGAUGACGAGAUGAACUAUAUUGCAUUUAUUUUGUCACCCUUGAUUGAAGCUCUAAUGGUUGUCUGUAAACAUAGUAAGGUUCAAAGAAUGAAUGUUUUGGAUGUACUAAGAUAUGAAGAGAAAGAGUCUUUAGAUUUUGCAAAGGAACCGAUUGAAAGUUUGUUCUUCACCUUUACCGAGGAGCACAAAAAAAUCCUAAAUCACAUGAUAAGAAAUAAUCCGAAAUUAAUGAGCGGACCAUUUUCGGUAUUAAUAAGAAAUCCUAAGGUGUUAGAGUUUGAUAACAAAAGGGUUUAUUUUGAUCAAAAAUUACAUGAAAAUGAUUCUAGUGAUAACCGUGAAAAGCUAACGAUUAACAUUAGGCGUGAUCAAGUAUUCCUUGAUUCAUAUAGAAACAUGUUCUACAAGCCAACUGAGAAGGUUAAAAAGAGUUUAUUAGAUAUCAAAUUCAAUGGUGAAGAAGGUGUUGAUGCUGGAGGUGUUACAAGAGAAUGGUACCAAGUUUUAAGCAGGCAAAUAUUUGAUCCUAAUUAUGCGCUAUUCAUUCCUGUUGCGUCUGAUAAAAGUACCUUUCACCCAAAUAGAACAUCAUGGGUUAACCCAGAGCACUUGUCAUAUUUUAAAUUUGUUGGAAUGAUUAUUGGUAAAGCCGUAUAUGAUGGGUAUGUACUAGAUUGCCACUUCAGUAGGGCUGUUUUCAAGAUGAUACUAAGUAAACAGGUAUCACUCAAAGACAUGGAAUCAUUAGAUUUAGAUUACUACAAGUCACUAGUGUGGAUGUUAGAGAAUGAUAUAACUGAUAUUAUUGUUGAAACAUUCAGUGUCGAAACCGAUGAUUAUGGUGAGCAUAAAGUUAUCGACCUAGUUCCUAAUGGAUCUAAUGUUUCCGUUACUGAAGAGAAUAAGCAAGAGUAUGUUAAGAAGAUUGUUGAGUAUAGGUUAUUGACGUCAGUUAAAGACCAAAUGAACAAUUUCCUUGAAGGAUUUUAUUCAAUGAUACCAAAAGAUUUAGUAUCAAUCUUUGAUGAACAAGAAUUGGAAUUGUUAGUUUCAGGUUUGCCGGAUAUUGACGUUGACGACUGGAGGAAUAAUACUAUUUAUGAGAACUAUUCGCCAUCCUCACCGCAAAUCCAAUGGUUUUGGAGAGCUGUUAAAUCAUUUGAUGCGGAAGAGCGUGCUAAGUUGUUACAGUUUGCAACUGGCACAUCGAAGGUUCCACUAAAUGGAUUCAAAGAGUUGGUCGGCAUGAAUGGCAUCAGUAAAUUUAGUGUUCACCGUGUAUACAAUUCAACGGAAAGGCUUCCAACUGCACAUACAUGUUUUAACCAAAUUGAUUUGCCAGAAUAUGAAAGUUACGGCAAGUUAAGGAAUGCAUUGUUACUGGCCAUUCGUGAAGGACAUGAAGGUUUUGGAUUCGCUUGA